UACCGCCCCCGAGAGCAGCGGCGUCGGGAGCGCGCACCCCGAAGGCGCCGCCUCUCCUCCGCCGCCAUUGCCGCUGUGUCCCCGGCUCGGCGAUGGUGUUCCAGUGCCAGCGGGACAGCUGGGCCCGGCAGUUCACCACCAGGGUGGUGUCGUGCCGGGCGGCGGAGCUGCGGCCCGAGGGCGGCGGGGGGCCGGUGAGCGGCUUCCAGGUGGUGCUGGAGGACACCAUCCUGUUCCCCGAGGGCGGCGGGCAGCCGGAUGACCGCGGGCUCAUCGGCGAUGUGCCGGUGCUGCGGGUGACGCGGCGCGGCCCCGAGGCCGUGCACUUCGUGCGGGCGGCGCUGGAGCCGGGCACCGAGGUGCUGCUGUCGCUGGACUGGGAGCGCCGCUUCGAUCACAUGCAGCAGCAUUCAGGGCAGCAUCUCAUCACUGCCAUCGCAGACCAGAUGUUUGGAUUCAAAACAACUUCUUGGGAGCUGGGCCGCCAGCGAAGCAUCAUUGAGCUGGACACCCCCUCCAUGACAGCAGAGCAAAUAGAGGCCCUGGAGAGGAGUGUGAAUGAGAAAAUCAGGGAGAGGGUGCCUGUGACAGUGAGGGAACUGGCUGCAGAUGACCCUGACAUUGAAACAGUGAGAAGCCGUGGUUUGCCGGAUGACCAUGUGGGGCCAGUGCGAGUUAUUGACAUCGAAGGCAUAGACUCCAACAUGUGCUGUGGGACCCACGUCUCCAACCUGAGUGACCUGCAGGUUAUUAAACUCCUUGGCACAGAAAAAGGGAAAAAGAACAAAACCAACUUGGUUUUCCUGGCAGGAAACAGAGUACUGAAGUCACUUGAACAAAGUCACAGUACUGAGAAGGCUCUGACUUCACUGCUCAAAAAUGGACCGGGGGAGCACGUAGAGGCUGUGAAAAGACUGCAGAGCUCAGUGAAACUGCUGCAGAAGAAUAACUUGAACCUGCUCAGGGACAUGGCUGUUCUGAUAGCCCGGGACUUCAAGAGCAAGCCUGUUCCAAGUCAGCUCUUUGUGCUACACAGGAAAGAAGGUGACUCUGAGUUUAUGAACAUCAUCGCUAAUGAGAUUGGGACAGAGGAAACCCUGCUGUUCCUGACUGUGGGAGAUGACAAAGAAGCAGGACUCUUUCUUCUAGCUGGACCUGUUGAAGCAGUUGAGAAUUUAGGUCCCAGGAGCCUGUACUGCUGUUCCUGCAGGGUGGCAGAGCUGCUGGGGGGCAAAGGAGCUGGGAAGCGAGGCCGCUUUCAGGGCAAGGCCACCAACAUGAGUCGGCGAGGAGAAGUGGAAGCUCUGCUCCAGGCGUUCACCAGCAGUGGGAGCCCUGAAGCGUAAGAACGGUUCUCAAAGCAGGGCUGCUCUCCCCUGCUUUGCAUGAGCUACAGCACCUUCUGUGCCAGGGAAUAAAGACAUCAGCCCAGCA